AUGACAGUACGAUUCGCAAUUCACAGGAUAGCCCUCUAUGGCUCGUGCUUCGUAGUUGCUGCGUAUGUUUCACUGCUAGAUCGCAGCGUUCAAGUUCCCUCAAGCCGAAUGCCUUCUAUAGGGACCGUACUCGGCCUUUCAGCUCACUUCGCAAACAUCUUCCUCCCUCAUCUCCACGCCGCGUUUACUAUUUUCGCGUUGUUGAUUCCAUCCUUGACGAUAUUUACGAUGCUGAUUUCACUCCAAUUUGCGCAACCUCAGACUGAGGCGCCAAUGCUGUUCUUGCUAUGGGCACUCUGGCUUGCCAUGGCAGCCUGGGACAUCAUCAGUGGUGUUCAAUGCGAUAGUCUAACCUCCGAGACGAUGCCAACAAAAAAUGGCCUAAUCCGUCAACGCGAAUAUUGCUAUGAGAUGAAGGCAAACUUUGUCAUCCAAGCAUUCUCUUGGAUGGCUUUCGUUCUCUUAACAUUUGCUUUCUGUAUCCUCAUAUCUCUGAUCAACCAAGCACAACGCUUCGGUCGCAUAACUAUUUGGUCUGAUCCAAUCCAAGGCGCGGUUUCCUUCGAAAGAAUCAACUUGAAAAUUGAUCACUAUCCAGAAUUGGGCUGGUUUGGAGAGCCUCCUGGCUAUUACAACACCACACAUGGCCCAAGCCAAUACGCUAUGUAUCCCCAACAGCAGUACCCUCAACAAUAUGGCUACCCCCUGCAACCUGGUUAUAUUCAAGGGCCUCAACCUGUUUAUCAGAUAUCACAAGGCCCAGCUGGAACUACCGUCACCCAAGUGCCCGUGUUGAAUGUUUGA